GAAAACCUGCUCACUCAGUGUUGAUGUCUUACGUACUACAUACUUAAAUGUGGCGAUGCUUGCUUUUCGAGGUUUAGUUCCGUUUGUGUCUACACAGCUUGUGGAUUUUCACUACUUGUUCGUUUAAAAAAAAACAGAUUCAAUGUUGAGAAUAGCAUGUGGUUGGUGUUAAAAUAAAACCUUCAUCGCAAAUUUUGAUGCUAGAUAGAUAGUAAUUUCUUAAAGAACCCAAGCACCACACUAAGAUGCUAUUAAGCUCGGUGAUGCUCAAUUUGCUACUACUGCUUACUGAAUGUACCCAUGAGGUGGUAUCGCUCAUGUCGCAGGUAUUUCAAGACCAAAACGGUAUUGUUGCGACCAUAGACGGCUACAUCCCACGAUGCCCUGGCUGUGUUGUGUUUGGUCAGGACCCUCUGAUCGUGUACGGCAGCAUGCACCUACCACAAGACAAGCUGCACCUGUUGGAGAACGCCUACUUCCUUACGGACAUCUGUGCGUUCGAUAUGGAUUGUUCCGACCAUAUCUAUGCUAGUAUGCCUUACUGCCUUUUUAAUACAGUGUUUCUCCAUGGUUGCGCAUCUGAAGUACGUCAGUGGAUGCAUGAAUGCUACUGUGAUGAUGCUGAACCAAAGCGCUGGUAUGCUUGGUUAGACCCAAUCAUGUUUGAGAAAAGUGACAUGGUCAUCAGAUUCUUAUUUGAGGCCGAUGCACUGAAUGGGUUUUUUGAGCACAGACCCCCCUACGUUGAGAAUUCAACCCUAUUUAUGCAGGACCUUAUCAAUAGAGGCCACGUUGUUUUCAAACGCCAAGUUUCUGGAUCAACUAACUGCUCUACUUACUUGACAUACGAUCGAGUUCUGGUGUUAAUCUUAUUGGCACUAGUCAAGGGUGUGUUAGCAUCCUAGGACCAGAAACAAGAGGCCAUGUCUGUUUACGUGGGAUCAAGGAAAUUUAAUGCCGUAUUUCAACAUACGCACAAUGCUAUUUUAUCAUAUUAACACUGAAAAGCUUCUAAAUAUUUGUUUCUAUUGCUAGUCGUUUUCUCGCAGUAAUUGUUUGUAUA